AUGUCACAUUGGCCUGAACAGCCAAAUGACAUAAUUAUAAAAUGGAUAAAGGACCACAGCCCUUCUUUAGUUGUAGCUGAUUUUGGUUGUGGGGAUUCACAGCUUGCGAGAAGCGUCAAGAAUAAAGUCUUCUCCAUUGAUCCUGUCCAAUGUAUGUGCUCAAGUUUAAAUGAAAAAUAUAACUUAAAUUUAUCUUUGAAUAUGGAAAGAUUUUGUAAGCACAAUUAUGCUACAUCAACUCCAAGAGCAAGAGCGACAGUUGAAUUAGAAGACUCCACAGGCUCAAUCACAGCAUCAAUUAUUGGAAACCCUGCUGAAACAUUCCUCAAAUGCCCAGCCAAAGACCUGAUGAAACAAACUUCUGAGGAACACAUGGGGAGCAGCUCUAUAAUCCAGGCCCCAACUGCAUAA